AUGUGGCAGACCAGGAAUAACCAGAUUGUAGAAUUCUCAACUAGGCAAGCCUGGUAUAACUUGAGAGAGGAGUGGCCAGAAGUGAAAUGGAGGAAGGUGAUAUGGUUCAAUCAAUGUAUACCAAGGCAUGCAUUUAUGUUAUGGUUGGCAGUUCAAGGUAAGCUUCUCACCAAAGAUAAAUUGGCCAUAUGGAAUAAGAAUGCAGAAUUGGAAUGUGUCUUCUGCAAGAGUACUGCAGACAGCCAUGAACAUCUCUUCUUUCAAUGUGAAUUUGUAAAAGAUGUUUGGAAGGAAUUAAAGCAGUACAUGAAUCAUGUGCAAGAGGUGGAGAGUUUGCAGGAUAUGAUCAGAGUAAUGUCUAGAGAAAAAGAAAUGAAUAGACUUGCAGCAGUGGUUAACAAGCUCAUUGUGGCUGCAGCAGUUUAUUACAUUUGGCAAGAAAGGAAUGGUAGAAUUUUUAAGAAUCAACAAAAGAACAGAGAUGCAAUAUGUCAGACCAUUAGGGAUAUUGUGAGGUAUAAGCUGAUGAAUAUUAAAGUUAGGAUGACAAGGAAUGUAGAGAGGAUUGCUGCCUUGUGGGAGUUGAAAUGGUUUGGAAAUUACCUCAAAGCUAAAUAA